AUGACCACUGCACCGGACGAAGUGGAUCCUACAUCGACAGACGCCUGGAAGCUUGAAGAUCCCGAAGAGGAACCACUGAACAAAAUAAUACUGCGCAAUGUAGGCGACCUAACGGUACCCGGCUUGAGGCGGCUGUGCAGCAAAUAUGGCACGGUGGUGGAUGCGUUCAAAACAAACACACCCGGCAUUGCAUUUGUCGAAUUUUCCAACGAAAGUGAAGCCGCCCUUGCCGUCAAACAGCUUAACAUGAAGCUUGGCUAUAACUAUAAUGUGGACAUUGCAACACCAAAAGAAACGUUACCGACCGUGGUACCAGUCACUCAGAACGGUGAACCUGUGUCUCGUGCACCAUUGACAGACGAGGACUGGGAAAAGGUCAGCCUCAAGCGUCGGUUCAAUGUGGGCUUUUCAUUACCACUGUUGAUCAAUUUUCCCGUGCAAGAAUUGUUAGCGACGAGUGUAAACUAUCGUGCGUUGGAUGGGUGUUUAAGGCGGACAGAUCCGGAGCUGUUUUUUCGCAUCUACAAAGUAGAGGAUUUGUUCGAAACACCCAAAAUAAUGGAUUAUGAUCCGGCGGAACUGCAGGAACGUGUGGAUGCUUUACAAAAAUCGCAUCCCAACGAAAAAAAUAAGCUCUAUGGUGACUGCUUCUCGUACCAAGGACUCAGCGAGAAGGAGCAUGCCCGGUUUGAUUAUUCGUACUGCGUGGUUUGCAAAGGGUAUGGAUUUAAUUACUGCAAGGGUUGCCGUACGUACUACUGCUCGGUGCAGCAUCAGAAGCAACACUACGAGGAACACAAACUGUUGUGUCCUACAGCAGCAGGAGCAGCAGCAUCCGCAGAUGAUACGUUGAGCGAGAUCAAAUGCGAAACGGCUGUACCAAAGCAAGCUCCCCCGGUCAACAUUCUCACCAGAGAUCCACUUCCGGGGACGAAGGUGAAGGUGUUUAUUACGGCCAUUCCAACACCGGAUCGUAUUUAUGUACGAUUGGCAGAACCUGCCGCUAAUGAGCAAUAUCUGAAAACUAUCGGCGAAUUUGCUCGUGCAGGAUUGAAUGCUGUUCCGGUUGUAAAUAGUAAAGUUCCUGUACCUGGGGACAUUUAUCUUGCCCUGUACGAGCCGCUGAAUGUGUACGGACGUGUACUGGUAGCGGAAGUCGGUCCGGACAAAUCGAAAUGUGUAUUCAUUGAUCAUGGGAUGGUAACGUUCGUUGACAAUCGCGCUCUACUACUGAUUGACGAUAUCCGUCUCGCCUACCGAAAGGUGCAGGUGUACAAGGUGUGCCUAACGGACAUUACGGAUGAACCAGGCGAACGUGAAAAGGCCGUACAAUACUUGACGAAGCUGAAGGACCGCCCCUUGCAGAUGAGCUAUCGAUUUCAUGUUAAUAAUAUCGUCGAUGUGCAGCUGCAAACACCCGAAGGAGCAAGCGUGAACGAAAAGAUCAACAGGCUGAUAAAAAUUAUGCCAAUACGGCUUGAAACAAGCCCAGGACGCAACGUACGAAGUAAUGCUUUCGUUAUGUAUAAGGAUCUAACUCAAGCAGAGCCAACAGUUGGCGAUAACAAAUGCAUUAUGAUCCUUAACCGUACAACCAUUCUGCUCGACAGCCGUAUCACCUGGAUAGCGGUAGAUGAUCUUCCAUACCUAAAAAAUCUACAAGCCAUGCUCGAAUGCUACGGUAGAAAGGUGGCCGAUUUGAAAGAAUCAUACCUACCCCGCGAAGGAGAAAUGUGUUUGGUCCAGUGCCUUAACCGUUGGUAUCGUGGUGUCUGUUACGAAACGGCCGGCGAUGGCAAACCGGCCAUCUUUUUGUGUGAUUACGGAUCCAUGACACUGGUAGAUUUGGCCAACGUGCGUAAAUUACCGAUCCAACUAGCGACGAAAGUGAUCCGCACGCACGAUGGCAUCGUGGAACAUCUAAGGGACGCAAAGGCGAACGGGCUAGUGCUGGAUGCGAUGUUUCUAGACAUUUAUCUGCCAGAAAAUGAACCAGUAAAGGUUGACAUUCGCCAACAUACGGUCAUGAAAGGUUUGCCCGGUGUAGAGGAAAAGGAAACGAACACGCUGCUAAAUUUGCAUGAGCUGGGAAUUUUUUUAAAAUCGCGCCAAACGAACCUUUGA